UCGUAAAUCGUAUGUGAUCAGGUCUCGCGUGAUGUCUGUCACGCACACUACCGUUAUGCAAUACCGUCGCUCUGCCACAUAACCAUCGUGCCGAUGUUGGUCACGGGACGAUCACUACCUCACGGUUUUGGAUUACGUCUGACGUUGGAUUUACGUGGUCCAGGUCGAUGAGUAUUAAUUUGCCGUACACACAUGGUCGCGUCUGUUUUGGAUGGGUUGUUAAAUGCCAAUGCGUAUCUCCGGCAAAACGUGUCCAAUGGUGUCAAUAUGUGUACCAGGCUGAGCCUACGGUGGUCAUAACUGUCAUCUGUGUUUCGUCGCUUUUAUAGAAUACAGAUUACCUACUCAUAUCGUAAAAGAAAAUCAAUAAUAAUAAAAUUACAGUGUUAAUUUCACAAUUGUUUAGAAAAUGUCGACUAAUGAUGCAAAGAAGAAAAAGAAGCCAGUUGUCCCAGUCAAAGAUAAGAAAGGGCCUGGUAAAAAGGCUAUUGCAGCUUUAAAAGAAGUAUUACAACAACAAAAAGAAGAAGAGGAAAAACUCCGUAAGGAAGAGGAAGAAGAAGAAAAACGUUUAGAAGAACUCGAGAAACAAAAAGAAGAAAAAAUAAAAUUAGAACAAGAAAAGAAAGACAAGAAAAAGCAAAAGGAAAAAGAAAAAAAGGAGAGACUAAAAGCUGAAGGAAAAUUUUUAACACCUAAACAAAAAGCUGAUAGAGCCCGUGCACAACUACUUUUAGAAACUUAUAAAGCGCAAAGAGAAGCAUUACUAAAUCCUUCAACUGUAGACAAAGAAGAUGAAAAUGGCGAAUCUGAAGAAUCAGAUGAAGAAAAUAAUGACAAUUCUGAGAACAAUAAAAAUGUAGCUAAGGCUGUAAAAGUUCAAACUAAAAAUGAAGAUUCGUCAAAUGAAGAAGAGGAAUCUGAUCUAAGAGCUGCUGUCGUAUGUGUUUUGGGUCAUGUAGAUACUGGUAAAACUAAAAUAUUAGAUAAGCUUCGUAGAACUAAUGUUCAAGAUGGUGAAGCCGGAGGUAUAACCCAACAAAUAGGAGCUACAAAUGUUCCACUUCAUGCUAUAAAAGAACAAACUAAAGUUGUAAAUGGUUAUGCUACUAGAAAGUUUUUAGUUCCCGGAUUAUUAAUUAUUGAUACACCUGGUCACGAGUCUUUUAGCAACCUCCGUAACAGAGGCUCAUCAUUAUGUGAUAUUGCUAUUUUAGUAGUCGAUAUUAUGCAUGGUUUAGAACCACAAACUAUAGAAUCUAUUAAUAUAUUGAAAACUAAGAAAACACCAUUUAUUGUUGCUUUAAAUAAAAUUGAUCGAUUGUAUGAUUGGCAGACCAAUCCACGUAAAGAUGUUAGAGAUGUUUUGACCUCUCAGCAUGCAAAUACUCAAAAUGAAUUUAAAACAAGAUCCCAAAGUGUUAUAUUACAAUUUGCCGAACAAGGUUUAAAUGCUGCUUUAUUUUUUGAAAAUCCUGAUCCAAAAUCGUAUGUGUCUUUGGUACCUACAUCAGCCAUUACUGGUGAAGGAAUGGGAAAUUUGUUAGAUCUUAUUGUUGAAAAUUGUCAAACACAUUUAUAUAAAAGACUUGUUUUCAAUACAGAGCUGCAAGCCACUGUAUUGGAAGUAAAAGCUAUAACUGGCUUAGGAACUACUAUUGAUACUAUUUUAGUUAAUGGUUACCUUAGAGAAGGAGAUACAAUUGUCGUAGCAGGCACUGAUGGGCCUGUUGUCACUCAGAUUAGAUCAUUACUAAUGCCUCAACCUCUGAAAGAACUUAGAGUGAAAAAUGCUUAUAUUGAGUAUAAAGAAAUCAAAGCAGCUCAAGGUGUUAAAAUUGCUGCUAAAGAUUUAGAAAAAGCUAUAGCAGGCUUAAAUAUUUAUGUAGCCAACAAAGCAGAUGAAGUCGAGCGACUUAAAGAGGUAGUAGCAAAAGAAUUAAAGUCUGCUUUAAGUACUAUAAAAUUACAAGAUAGAGGUGUUUAUGUUCAAGCUUCGACAUUGGGUUCAUUAGAAGCUUUAUUGGACUUCUUAAGAUCUAGUAAAAUACCAUAUAGCAACAUACGAAUUGGUCCCGUUGUUAAAAAAGAUGUUAUGAAAGCAUCAAUAAUGUUGGAACAUUCUCCUAUAUAUGCUACCAUAUUAGCUUUUGAUGUUAAAGUUGAAAAAGAUGCACAAGAAUUAGCAGAUACAUUAAAUGUUAAAAUAUUCCAAGCUGAUAUUAUAUACCAUUUAUUUGAUAAGUUUACCGCGUAUCAGGAUGACCUUAAAAAGAAAAAUCGAGAUCAGUUUAAGUCUAUUGCAGUAUUUCCUUGCAAACUUAAAGUCUUACCACAGUUUGUGUUUAAUUCAAGAGAUCCAAUUGUUAUGGGAGUAAUGGUGGAGUCUGGAAUCGUAAAAGAAGGUACGCCUAUAUGUGUUCCUAGUAAGGAAUUUGUAGAGUUAGGCAUUGUGACCAGCAUAGAAAACAACCACAAAACUGUUGAAACUGCUAGAAAAGGACAAGAAAUUUGUAUAAAAAUUGAGCCAAUACCAGGUGAUGCGCCAAAAAUGUUUGGAAGGCAUUUUGAUGAAAAGGAUAUAUUGGUGAGCAAAAUAUCCAGACAGUCGAUUGAUGCAUGCAAAGAUCAUUUUAGAGAUGAUUUAUUGAAAACUGACUGGCAAUUGAUGGUUGAGCUCAAGAAAUUAUUUGAAAUUUUAUGAUAAACAUUUUUAUAGCUAAUAUAUUUUUUUUCUAUGAAAUAAAACAAAUUAAUUAUUCCAAAUUGGAAAUAUUUUUUUUAUAAUUAUUCUUCAACUAAAAUGAUUAUCUAUUAAAACAAAUAAUGGAAUUUUUUUAUCACAUUAAAUAUUUAAGUAUAACUAUUGUUAGAUAUGAACAUUAUGAACUAAUAAUUCAUAAUUAAAACAGCCUAAUAAAUACUUUUAAAAAAGUAAGAGAAAUUAUUCAAUGGUUGUGUGGUAAUUUAAAUUUAGCAUCUAACUAUCUAAGUAAAAGCAGAUUAUUUAAAUAUUUGUAAUAAACAUAAACAUUUGAUAAAAAAAAAAUUAAAAUACAAAAUAUUAAUUGUAUUCUACAUUAAACAGGCUUUAACAAUUAAGUGGUUUUUAAAUUUAAGAUUCUUAUAGAAAUUAAAUUGUUAAAUAUUAUUACAUAAUAUGCUAUUCAUAGAAUUGUUUUCUUUUAUAAUAUGUUGUCUUAAAAAAUAUAAUAAUCUAAUUUUUCUAAUGUUAAGUAUUAAAAAAAUAUAUUAAGUUAUAUUAAUUUUACUUCAUACUUGGAAAUUCAGUGUUAAAAAUAAUAUGACUUAUAGGUAACACAUUAACCACUCAAGUGCACAUCUUGAAAGAUUUUUCUUUCAAAACAACACAUACUACAUGGUAACAUAAUUACAUAAAUUGGUUAGGUUUAUUAAUUUAAUCGUUACUCUUGGACAAAUGAUUUAUUUGCAGAAUAAAGAACAUAAUAUAAAAUAAUUAUCUUGUAAAUAUUGUCUUUUUUUUACAAUAUUUGCCUAAUUAGUAACUGGAAAUAGGUAUAAUUAUUAUAUUAAUAAAAAAUCUUGUGACACUUGUAAGUCGUAGGUAAUUACUUAAUAAUGUGAUUACUAUGCUUGAGUUAGCUGUAGUUGUUAUGUGCAAAACUAUAUACAAGGGCAAAAUAAGUAGGUAAGAAUUAGAUUACCAUUUAAAACCGGUAUCUAUCUUAAAUAAGAAUAAUAACUAAUGCACUAUAAGUGUCAAAAUAUUUUUUACAGAAUUCAGCUUAGAAUAAUGAAAGUUAUCAAGAAUAGAGUUAUGUCACUGGUUUUUUUUUUUUAAAUAUUGGACAAAACAUAAUUAAGUUUAGAAAGUAUGACCUUAAAACCAAAUGCCUCAGGAACCAGCUAAACAGUGUAAACCUGCUCCCAAUAGAACCACCUCUCUCAAAUAAAUAAUUUAUUAAUAACUUGAACUACAUAGUUAAUACUAGAACUAUAAAAAUUGUAUUAAACAUUGUUUACAAAUUCUUAUCGUCACUUACUAAGCAACAAUACUCUUUUCUUACUUAUAUCUACAGCUUAUAGACUAUAGGUACUUAUA